GCUGGCUACAACGAGGCCCUGCUGCACAAGACGAUCCUGGUCGGAGACAGCGGCGUGGGGAAGACAUCUCUGCUGGUCCAGUUUGACCAGGGCAAGUUCAUUCCUGGCUCCUUCUCUGCCACCGUGGGCAUUGGGUUUACGAACAAAGUGGUGGCUGUCGAUGGUGUGAAGGUGAAGUUGCAGAUCUGGGACACGGCAGGACAGGAGCGUUUCCGCAGCGUCACCCACGCCUACUACAGGGAUGCCCAAGCCCUGCUCCUGCUCUACGAUAUCACCAGCAAGAUGUCCUUCGACAACAUCCGCGCCUGGCUGACGGAGAUCCACGAGUACGCCCAGAAGGACGUGGUCAUCAUGCUGCUGGGCAAUAAGGCCGAUGUGAGCAGCGAGAGGGCUGUGAGGACGGAGGACGGAGCAUCGCUGGCCAGGGAGUAUGGGGUGCCUUUCAUGGAGACAAGCGCCAAGACGGGCAUGAACGUGGAGCUGGCCUUCCUGGCCAUUGCCAAGGAGCUGAAGCAGCGCGCGGUGCAGCCGCCGGACGAGCCCCGCUUCCAGAUCCAUGACUACAUCGAGUCACAGAAGAAGAAAUCCAGCUGCUGUGCCUUCGCCUGA